CGUCACAGAGAGCUUUGUUUUCAUUUAUUAUAGAGCCAGCAUUUGUGUAAUUGGCCUGUAGUUUCCUGAUAUUACCGCCAGGUGUCAUAAUCAUGUUCUGAAUCAGAAUAAACGUGUCCGUGUUGUCGUCAUUAAGCAAUGUGACAGUACAAAUGUUAUUUUCUGUGUUUAAUAGCUACUUCCAGAUAUGAUGUUGACACGACUGAAUUGUGGACAAGCGCCGUUGUUGUACAAGGCAGUGGACGCUUCAUAGGAGUGGGGGAAGUCUCCACCUACCGCUGGUAGUUUUUUUUUUCAUGUUUACCAACACUUUCCUGUAUUAGGACACUUCGUACGACCAGACCGAGGGGGGUCAAACUAUGGACUGUAGAUAACCGAGUGAUUAGAACAAGUUCAUAAAGUAGGGUCCAUUUUGAAGUCAGUAACACUGGAGUUCAGGCGAGGAAAGCAUAUCCAAUACAAUAUAACUCGCUUCAUCAUAUGCAUGAAAACAUCAUUAGAAACAUUACAAUCAAUGAGAAGUUGUAAUCGGUUAUGUUCAUAUAUCUUCGAUAGAGAACAUCAUUCGUGUCUUAUCAGAACAUUUCAAAUUCAACGCGUAUGAGAAAGAUAUUAACUAGUCCUUAUUCUAAUAUUACAUAUGAAAGAAUCUCACUUCUGUGUGUGGCUUAAACAAAAUAUCGUCUCUUGUUGAAGAAACAUGUCGAAACUGAAUGAACUGAAUUCAGCAAAGUUUUACGGAACAACUGCAAUCAGGCCUACAAUGGGUGAGGAUGAACCUGCUCCCCGGCCAUCCCGGCUGUUUGGAGUGAGGCACUUGGAGAUACUGCUCAUGUUCUUGUGCCUGGCUGUUGCAUAUUCACUGAGAGUUAACUUGUCUGUCGCAAUUGUGGCCAUGAUGGACAGAAAUGGGACAGGGGUUGACUUUCCAGAAUACCAUUGGGACAACACUGUGAAAGCAAAUAUAUUAACUUCUUUCUUCUGGGGCUAUGUUGUAACACAGUUACCAGCAGGACAACUUGCCCAAAGAUUUGGGCCAAAGAUCCUUCUUACAGGAUCCUUAUUUGUAUGCUCCCUGUUCACCAUUCUGCUGCCAGUGGCAGCAGAAGUUGGUGAUUGGGGUCUUGUAUGUGGAACAAGAGUAAUUCAAGGACUGGCUCAGGGAUUCAUAUUUCCAUCCAUCCACACUCUUCUCUCCAGCUGGACUCCCACUGAGGAACGAGGCAGAUUUGGCACAUAUGUAUAUGCAGGAGGGCAAGUUGGGACCAUCAUAGCCAUGCCUUUGUCUGGGGCUCUUGCAUCUUCAUCAAUAGGCUGGCCAUCUAUCUUCUACAUAUUUGGUGCGCUGGGUAUAUGCUGGGUUCUUCUUUGGGUGUUUCUUGGAGCAGACCGACCUGCCACUCACAGGUUCAUCUCAAAAGCAGAAAAAGCUUACAUUGAGACCAACCUUGGUUCCACAUUAUCCACCAACAUGAAACGUCAGACCCCUUGGAUUGACAUUUUCACUUCACUGCCCAUGUGGGCUGUAGUCAUUGCCCACUGUGGCCAGAACUGGGGUUUCUGGACUUUGCUUACAGAGAUGCCAUCUUACAUGAAUUCCAUCCUCAAGUUUGACCUCAAAUCAAAUGGUCUUUUGUCAGCUCUACCAUACCUUGUUAUGUGGCUGAUGAGUUUUGUCUUCAGUUGGGCAUCAGAUUUUCUCAACACGAGGCGGAUAAUAUCACUUGGUACAUCCAGAAAAAUAUUCAAUAGUAUUGGACACUGGAUUCCUGGACUAGCACUGAUUGGACUAACCUUGUCUAGCACGGAUGACACCACAGCGGCUGUGGCAUUGCUUACACUUGCAGUAGGAGUCAACUCUGCUGCUUACGUUGGUUUCCAGCUGAAUCACAUUGAUUUAUCUCCAAAUUAUUCUGGUACUAUGAUGGGAAUCACUAACUGCUUGUCAAACAUCAUGUCUAUUAUUGCUCCACUCGUUGUAGGAUUCAUAGUCACAGAUGAGAAUGAUGCAACACAGUGGAAAACUGUGUUCUAUAUUUCGUCUGGCAUUUACUUUGCUGGUAACCUAUUUUUUGUGUUAUUUGGCAAAGCUGAAAUCCAACCUUGGAAUGAACCCGAUCCACCAAAAGACACAGAUCGUGCACAAAACAUUGGUAUGAAGGAAACACAUGAAGACAAAAAGUUGUGAUGAGUAUCUGUGAUUGCCUUAACAUAGUACUUUCUUGCAAUGCUGAAGUAUGGAGUGUACCAUGACAUGUUGUAUGGAAGUCAGACAGUAUCUCCUGCAGCUCUUCAUACCUGAUGCAGCAAGAACAGUACAACAGAACAACGUACAAUGCAACAACAAAGAUAUUUGUACAUAUUGUAAAUAUUUUAUAUUGCAUCACAUAAUAAACUAUUAUUCAGAAA